AUGGAUGUACCUCCUGUUUUGCUUUCUCCUCAGUCCCAAACCUGCUCCCACCUGGCAGAAACCUGCAUGGAAGGCGACAGAAGCCCACCCACAGUAGAGCUGGGCAGAGACUCCUCUAUUCCCAGUGGUCAGCUGACCAGCUCCAGGCUAACUGACUCGGAUUGGUUUUGGAAUGAGCACAUCCAGGCAAAGAGGGCCAGAGUGGAGACUAUUGUCCGCGGCAUGUGUCUCUCUCCUAGUCCCUUGGUGUCGGGCAGUGCCCGAGCCAGGGAGCGCUCAUGCUAUCCAGAAAAGGCCCGGGAGCGGAAAAGAAAGCAGAGCCUUCCGAUGCACCAGGGUCCCCUGAAAUCAGUUCCUGUCUGGGAUCGAGCAUCCAAGAAGGGGGGGACCCGGGUAAAAGAGCAGCUCCAUCUACUGAAACAACAGCUAAGACAUCUACAGGAGCAUGUCCUACAGGUCGCUGAGCCCAGAGCACCUGCGCAGGGCCCAGAAGGUACAGAGCAAAGAAGCCCCACGGGGGCAAAGCCGAAAAACAGCUCCCUGCCUAGCCCCCGGACAAUGGAGAGCAAACCCCAGCCGAGUUCUAACAAGGACAUCUGUGGAGCAGUGAAGCCCAGAAUGGUUGAGGUACAACAGCAGGCGGAGGAGGCCAUGCUCCGUCCUUCCGGACCACGGGCUUUAGUGGAGACGCUGAGGAAGGAACUAAGCAGGGCCAUGUCCCAGGCUGUGGACUCAGUAUUACAACAGGUGCUACUGGAUCCACCAGGCCACCUCUCCCAGCAAGAACCCAGCUGCCUGGGGCUAGCAUCAGAGGGCAGAAGCCAGCCUUCACCUUCAGGGAGGAGUGCCUAUCAGUCCCCACUUGCUAUUGCCACCCUGCCUAGGAGGGUCCAGCCACAAGCUGGGGUGCCCUUGGGUAAUUCAUCACUGGCUACGCCUCUAGAUUCUCCUACGUGCCCUGCCUCUCCGAGAGCAGUUCCCAAACCGUAUCAGAGUCCCCUGUCAAACUGUCCCUUGACAGCUGUGCCUUCCCACAUCUGGGAAAACCAGAUUCUUAGCCAGCUUCUGGGUCGUGGGCCCGACGGCCAUUGGAGUGGCAGCCCUCCCCAGGACUCGUCCCCAGCCCAAAGCCGUGCCUCCCCGGAGUCUGCCCAGCAGCCUUGGGGGUUGAGCCAGCAGCAGCUCCCCCUGUCGUUCACCCCUGUCUACCUAGAAAGCCGGCCUCUUCCACCCUCUGUGAAGAUGGAGCCUGGUGGGCUGCGCGGCAUGGCUGACAGGAUUCCUUUCUCGUCCAUCCACCACAUCCAGGAAGGCCUGAGCCCUGGUCACUUGAAGAAGGCCAAACUCAUGUUUUUCUUCACACGGUACCCCAGUUCCAGCCUCCUGAAAGCGUAUUUCCCUGAUGUCCAGUUCAACCGCUGCAUCACCUCCCAGAUGAUCAAGUGGUUCAGCAACUUCCGUGAGUUUUAUUACAUCCAAAUGGAAAAGUAUGCCCGGCAAGCAAUCUCAGACGGUGUCACAAACCCCAAAAUGCUGGCGGUUCUCCGUGAUUCAGAGAUUUUUCGAGUUCUCAAUACACACUAUAACAAGGGGAAUGACUUUGAGGUCCCAGACUGCUUCUUGGAAAUUGCCACCUUGACAUUACAGGAGUUCUUCAGGGCUGUCUCCACAGGGAAAGAUUCAGAUCCUUCCUGGAAGAAACCCAUUUACAAAAUUAUUUCAAAACUGGACAGUGACAUCCCAGAGAUACUCAAGUCUUCCAACUAUGCCCAGGAACUGUUUCGAAGUUAAGAUUAAAAAAAUGAGGUCAAGUACAAUGUCUUGUAAGGAAGGUGGAGGCAGGAGGAUCAGGAAUUGGACAGCCUUGGUUACACAGACAGAUGAUCAAACAAAAUGAGAAGACUGGCCUAGGAUGGCCCAAGGGUUGUCAUAAAUGCCAAGCUGUAGUCAUUUAAGAGGGCACAAGAGGACACCUCCCAUGGGUACAAUUGCCAUUUUGAAUACUUGUUUCCUUGUCCAGAAUCAUCCAAGACUUAACCUUAAACACAGUGUAUCCACUGAGACUAUCAGUGUGUUGGUCAGUGCCAUUAUCAUCAAGUGCUGGGACAUGGGUCAUCCUGGUAUUUCUGCAGCUCUACAAAGAGAUUCAGAGCCAGGCGGUGGUGACACACAUCUUUAAUCUCAACACUCAGG